UACGAAAUCUAACUUGGUCAAGUGUAAAGGUGGCAAGGGCAAGAACAUGGCAGAGCUUAGAACUUGGAUGGAAACUCUUACGGGCAUGGAGGAUUACUCCGACAAGAAAUUCACCAGCUUCGUAGAAAACAUCAACGACAAGUUCAUCGACAAGCUAAUUCAUAACCUGGAGGAGCGAUUCCAAGAUUCCGAAAUCUUGGAAUUGUUCCAAGCUUUCAGGCCUGGUACUGAAGACGAGGAGCCGAUUCAGCCCUUUAACGACGAUCUUGAGACACUCUGCCAACACUUCGACGUUGACUUUCAGCAGGCGGAAACCGAGAUGAUUCACAUGAGAGAAGUUGCUCCCAGAACAACUCAAAGAGCGUAAGAGAAUAUCUACAGCUCGUCGCAAGCAGCUACAACGAUGUGGCACCUCUCAUGGCCAGAAUGGCUUCUGCUGCCUUGGUUGUACCCGUCACCACAGCAGGUGAGUACUUGCAAGGUUUGAUAAUUGUGAUUUUACAAAGCAAAGUAUCGUUUGAUACGGAGCUGCGUCUUCAUUGUUGAAAUAGAUAUCAGCUUACGUCUGAUUCAAUUGGUCGCGAGUUUAUGAAAUAUUGUUGCAUAACAUAGCCAGGAUUCAUUGAAAUUGUCCUUGAAUAUGACAAAAGUUGAAAAUAUGACAUUCAAAUUUGACUUAUUGCUUUUCAGAUUGCGAACGUGGGUUCUCCUGUUUGAACCGCAUCAAGACAAAAAGUCGGAACAGAAUGAGCCGGAUGCUUGAGCCACUCCUCUGGCUGUCCUUAGAAGGGAAGGCGUACAACGAAUUGCCGGAUUCCUUUUUCGAAGCGGUGGCUGAUAGCUGGGCUCUUGCUGC